AUGAGUGACCAGCACAAUGUUGGCCACAACCGGACAUGUUCCAGGUAUCCCCGGGGAAGUGGUAAAUCCUUUUUAAAUCAACCCACUACGAACCUACUUGCUUUGAGACGGAUUCACACCACCUUCAAUCUUACGGUGCUACCCACGUUGGCCACCCGGAUCACUGAACACAGCUCUACUAUCAUUGAUCUAAUGGUAACUGAUCACCCACUGUUCAUCAAAAAAUCCAAAGCUGUAAACACGAACUCCAUUUCCGAUCACGAAGCUGUGAAUCUGAUCGCUGACGUGCGCAUACCUGAAGCUCCACCUCGUCGUAUGAAAGUAUGGAAUCUCGGUAGGAUAGAUCUCCUACGGCUGCAGGCUGAUUUCCAGACAAAGGACAUCUACCAAGAAGGAGACAUCGACAUCAAAACACAACUUCUCACUAGUGAACUUUAUUCGCUUUUGAGCAUGCUACGGGACCUAGCCUAUUCUCUCUAUGUGCGAAAUCCGAAUCAUGUCAGAGGAGAUGCUCAAUGGCGAGACUACAUCUCCAAAAAGAGUAGGGCCGGCACCCUAAUUGGUGCUGCUAAGAAACGGUAUGCUGAUUCGCAGUUUGGCAUGGAUCUUCCUACUAAGCAGCUGUGGUGCAACCUGAGGAGAGAGGGCAUACAUAACAAUGCAAAGAAGAAUGCGGCCAUGGAGGAAUUUGAUGCUGACCGAAUAAAUCAGUUCUUUGCUGAAGGCCAUCACAUGUUACAUCAUAGGGCUGUACCUUCGCAAGCGAACGCAGAAUCCGAUCGACCACCCGCAAAUGUGGCCGACGGCCAAUUCCAGUUCAGGUGCACUAACGUCAACGAAGUCACCAGGAAAAUUUGCGAGAUUGGGACCAACGCGAAAGGGACGAAUGAAAUCACCAUCUCAUUCAUCAAGCUGCUCUGUCCGUUUAUCCUUCCCCUACCGACUCACCUGUUCAAUGCGAUUAUCGAUGCUCAAACUUUCCCCUCCGUCUGGAAAAAGGCCAUCGUUACCCCGAUACCGAAAUCAUCGAACCCUACUUCACCGAAGGACUUCAGGCCCAUUAGUGUCCUACCUGCGGUGUCUAAGGUACUGGAGAAGAUUCUACUGUCGCAAAUAACGGAUCAUCUCGAUGUAUCCACACCCGCUCUUCUUGCGAAACACCGGUCAGGAUACAAGAAAAACCACAGUACCACGACUGCUCUAGUCAAGGUUGCUCACGAUAUCCUCAACAACUUUGACGAUAACAGGUGCACAGUAAUGGUUCUUGUCGACUUUUCGUUGGCAUUCAACUGUGUCAGACAUGGUCUACUUGAAACGAAGCUGAGGAGGGAAUUCGGGUUUUCAAACUCCGCGUGUAAUUUGAUUUCAUCUUUCCUAGCGCAGCGAAGCCAGGCUGUAGACCUAGGUGGUACUCCCUCGAAUCCCCGGAAUCUCACCGACGGUACGCCACCAGGAUCCUGUCUGAGCACCCUGCUGUUUAGCCUAUACAUCAACAGCCUGCCUGGUGUGCUAAAAUGCGAGUAUCACCUCUAUGCGGACGACCUCCAAAUCUAA